UGGCAUAUAUAGCAAUCCCCGUGCGUGCGUGCCGGUGCAUGGUCUCAGACAUCGCAGCUACAUCGCUCCCGAGUCUGCCUACCUCUCCGGCUCCGUCGUCGCGACGUAGCGGGCAACGUGCCAUGAACAGCAGCAACAGUAGCCGAAGUAGCAUCAGCAGCUACGACAUGUCGUCGCUGCCAACGCCUCGCAGCUCUGGCGCCCCGUACGACGCGCAUGAUUCGCUUGACGACGACUCGUGCACAGCUCCCAUGGCCAACAACGGCGAGUUCUACGAUGAAGUCGAGUCGUUCUUGAGUCGACCAAGCCCCAGCCUCGGGAAAAUCGCGAAAGGGUCCAAGUCCACGGAGAACCUUCUCCCCGUACUCAAGGCGGAGCGGUCCAAGCUGCGCGGAGCAGAGGGCCACCGCCCCGACUUGCCGAUUUCUAGCAGUGGGUACGGUCGAUCCGUGCCAGAAAAGGGCAAAAAGAAGGCCCCGGUGGACCUGUCGCUUGUACAGCAAGCGUUUGCCUACGCCAACGAGCUUCGGGCCCAAGAGCUCCAGGAGAACGACACGCUAGACGACGCGAGCGAUGCAAUCUCCAAGCACGUCGCCAGACACACGAAAUUCACGGACCGACCAAGUCGAGACCAUGUACAAAAACCACCUCAGAAGACCAAGCCGAGCAAGUCGAAGCCAACGCCCAAGACGACGUCGGCUAUCUACGGGGUGCCCGAGAAGCCAACUGCGCCGCCCAAGGCAAAAGCUGGCCCGGAUUGGGAUAGCUGCAGCAAAGAGGUAUCGACGGCGGGCCACAAUGGCUCGAGCAUGGACCCGCAACUGAUGCAGCAACUCCUGAGCAACUUUCAAAACGGCACGACACUCAAUGAACUGCGCCAGGAGCUGGCCGCGUCCCAAGCCAGUUUGAAAGAGUCCCGCCAAGUGCUGCAAGGCGCAGCCAAGACGUUCUUUCUGAAGGGGGCAGUGGCGCGUUAGUCUCUUGUGGAGGUUUUCUAGAGCAAAAAAGACAUGCACGUACAAUGUGACGGCAUGCAAAGCAGA